AUGACUCUCAUCCAAGGAACAACCAAACUUCUGCGCCUUUGGGUAUUUCAGCAGCCGACUUUUCGGCCGACUGCGCAGACGGGUAGACGACUAGCUACCGACGCCGGUAUCAAGCGAACAUUGCCGGAGGAUCCAACUCAAAAGACAGAUCAACGAUUUCAGGCCUUUCAACUUCGUGGGAAAGUUUUCGCGGUGACUGGUGGAGGGCGUGGGCUAGGUCUAACAAUGGCGGAAGCACUAGUGGAAGCAGGGGGAGAAGUCCAUUGCCUAGAUCGGCUACCUGAGCCGCAUGAAGAAUUCUAUACUGCACAAGCGCGGGCCAAUCCCCAAUUUGGGGGAUCUUUGCAUUACCACACGUUAGAUGUCCGUGACAGAUACAGCACAAACCAGACAUUGUCCGCGAUCGCCGACGGUAAGAACCGGCUGGAUGGUUUAGUAGCGGCGGCUGGGGUAAACCAUGUAGAGAGUGCGAUUAAUCACUCCGCCGCCGAUAUUGAACGGAUAAUCAGUAUUAAUUAUACUGGUGCUUUCACAUCUGCAACUGCCGCUGCUGCACAAAUGCUGAACAAGCAAUGCCGAGGAUCAAUACUACUGGUUUCCAGUAUGAGCGGGAUGGUUGCGAACAAAGGAAUGAAAUCGUCUAUCUAUAACUCAUCGAAAGCCGCUGUGAUCCAACUCACUAGAAGCUUUGCCAUGGAAUGGAGCAAUAUCGAUGGGAAAGGCAGAGGUGGAAUACGAGUGAACUGCCUUUGUCCCGGACACAUAAUGACGCCGAUGGCCAAGAUGGUUAUGGACAAGACCCCGGGGACAAAGGAGACAUGGGAGUCUGAGAAUAUGUUGGGACGGUUGGCGCGACCGGAAGAAUUUCGUGGUAUCACCUUGCUGCUCAUGAGCAAUGCAAGCAGCUUCAUGACUGGGAGUACAAUAGUAGCUGACGGGGGACAUACGGCAUGGUGA